GCCGCCUGGAUACCACUGGAAUAGCAGUGGCUCAUGGCACCUGGCCUCUAGCUAUCUCUUUGCAACCUGAACCACGAAUGCCGGUCACUCCCGCAUUUCUUCCUCGAUCCCGUUCUCCCUCUUCGCUCUCCGCAGCCCGCGCGACGCGCCGCAGCGUUGCCAAACCGACGCGGUAGGCCUGACAACAGCCACACGCCUUUACAUGUGUCGGUACGAGCUUUUGGGGUGUGGGCUUCUAUACUGGCAGCGUCACAAAUCGAAAGCAAAUAAGGAUCACCCUUUGAGGUCCGCUGCCACGUGUUAUAACUUCCUGGGUGCUGGUCUGACUUGGUCGGUUUAGGGAGCUCCGCGCACAAUGCUCCACGAGAUCCUCCUCUCCCUCUCGGGCCAACCGUCGCCUCUUUUCGAUUCCAGAUCUGAGGGAGAUGCUUUCCCACUGGUUUCCCCUCCGGAGAAAGCCCUCCUCGCCUCUCUUGCCCGUCUGAGCCGUCUCCAUACCGAGCUGCGAGCACAUACGACUCUCAUCUCCGCCUCUCACCCUUCCGUCAUUUGUCGUGCCGUCUCAACGGCUAUCAGUUCACGCCACCUGGGGGAGUUUCAAAGGAAGAUACUGGAGGUGGAGAAAGACAUUCUGGUCGAAGACAGUGCUUAUGUUGGUGGCUACGGGAUCGUGCCGUUGUCAACAAUCGUCAGGGAGUUUUCUCCCUGGGCACGACGACUGGAAUGGCUCUGGGAGACCGUACGAUUCAUGUGGCACACUGACUCCCAGGACAGGAAUCAAGUCUGUACUGGCGUGGCUUUGAUUGAUCACCUUCGGGGGGAAUCGCAGACGGGAUACGUGGACCUGAAAGAGAUGGCAUUGCACCUGGUUGGGAUUGCAGAGACUGCUUGGAUGAGGCAAUUGUCUACCUGGCUGCUGUAUGGGAAUCUGCCCAUCCUUGGGAAGUCUGACUUCUUCAUUCAACGCGAUCACGCGAGUGAGGAUGGCCACCUUUCCGCAGUCGUGCAAUUCGCCGUGCAUCCAGAACUGCUGCCGCAAUUUGUAACCGCUCACACAGCCUCCUCCAUUCUGUUCAUCGGGAAAACCUUGAACCUCAUCCGGGCAAAGCGUAGUGCCCCCUCCGCAAACUCUUCAGCUGGCCUCUCGACUUCCCCAGUCACCCUACAUGCAGAGCAUAUCGAGCAUCUCGCUUCGUUGAAGUCACCUAUAUCCGCGUCGCGGUUAUCAGGUGCUGUGAAUUCGAUCCGAUUCUCUCUGUCGCAAAGCACGCUCUCCAAACUUCUCCCCUUACCCAAGAUACUUGAGACUCUGUCGGUUCUGCAUGAUUUCCUACUGCUGAGACGCGGCGAAUUUGCGACAGCACUCGUAUCUCAUGCCGACGCCCGUGUGCACGAAAGGUAUCGAAAACACGAGCCUUCUACUUCCAGAAAUCAGCCCUCAGGGGUCUUCAGAGGACUUUCUAUGAAAGAAGGGGACGCAGUAACGGCUUUGUCACAGACACUGUCAGAGCUCUACUCGUUGCAAAAUGAGGAGGAUCCUGCAGAUGAUGCGCUUGACCUUGCGAAGGACUUGCUCCGGUUGUCGAUCAAGGAGGAUUCAAACGACAAGGCAGCGGCGAUACCACCAGACAUGACUGAAAUCGAUAUGGGAGCCAACAUUUCAGACGUUGCCUUUGAUAACCUUCUUUUCCCAACGCCCACAUCUCUUUCGGUCCAAGUCCGUCCACCUCUGGAUCUGUUCCUUUCCGCAUCCGAUAUCUCGAUUUAUUCGAAAAUCCACUCGUAUCUUCUGGGUAUCCGUCGCGCCCAAAUUCAUUUGGGUGAUCUGUGGAAGCAUACAUUCCUUCGAAAAGUUCACCCUUCCCCCUGGGGGCCCCCUCGCAGCAGUACACCUUACGGCCAGAGUAGACUCAAGGUCGGCAGACAAAGGGACAACACCAGGACCCAACAGAUGAGACCCAUCUGGGCAACAAGCAGCGCGUCCCUUUUCGUCCUGUCAGAGAUUGGAAGUUAUUUCCAGGGCGAAGUUAUCAAUGGUUCAUGGCAGCACUUUCAGGAGUGGAUUGAGGGUGGAUCUCCAUCGGGAUCCCGGCCAGGGAGCGCCCACUCCUCAAAGAGUAAGCGUAGCGAUCAUCCGUUGGAUACCGAAAUCACGUCCGAAGCAGACUUUAGGCGCCCCGGCCAAACCAUCCAGCGGCAUGAUCCCGAAACCCUGACGGCUGCGCACCGCCGGUACCUUUUCUGUCUUGUUGAAUCGCUGUUCCUGACGGACGUACCAUUCACCCAAGCUCUCCGAGCCUUGCUUACAAGUGUUGAGCACUUCCUUGCACUUGUCAUUCGACUAGAAAGUAUACAGCGCAACAUGGAUCUGGAGACCGACGAAGGUGUCAUCGAUGCCUUGGUGGAUUACGCAGGGGAAGAGAGGGAUGUAUGGCAAUCACUCAGCGCCGCGCGAGCCAGUGUCGAGGCGGGGAUUAAGGACGCCGUGGCACGACUGAGAGACAUCGACGACAGCCGAUCUGGGGAGGGCCGGCAGAUGUUUGGUUUUGUGAAGGACUCGCGCGAGAACUGGUCAUUUCAUCCCACGAACGGCCCGGCAACCGACCCUGGACUUUGCCAGUAUGUGCCUCGAAAGGCCUCUGGGGUUGACCGACUACUCAUGAAGCUAGACUUCGGCAAUGCCAAUGGAGGCAUAGGUCUUGGUGCCGCAGCAGGGAAUUUCGCCCGGAUGGCAUAGAAUCCCGUCUAUCGCGGGGUUGCAUCUUGUUACUCGGGGCGUCAUCAGCAAUAUCGAGGGCUCAUCUCAUGAACGGCGAAGCCAUGGAUGUCACGUUAUGAUUUAUGAAUAGCAUGAUUUGACGGUGUAAAACCGAUAUCCCAGCCACGAUAGGGCGUUAUAAGGU